AUGGCAGCAGCAUCGUUGGCAGGUGACUGUAGCCUAAAUGCAUUUAGUAUUCUGACGAAGGUUUCAAAUAAAUAAAUAGGUAGGCCUAUAUGAUACCUCGUGGAAGCUGCCACAAUCAUGUGCACACACUGAAAAUCAGACAACCCAAAAUAUUUAGAUUUAGAUUUCCAUGAUGGACAGUGUUUUUUGUUGUUGUUGUAUGUAACCUACAUUUGUAUUACCUUUGAGCUAGUUGUAAUGCUAAGUAGAUAGGCUACAAUUGACUCAUACUCAAAACGUUUUAUGGGUAAUUUAAAGAGUAAAACUGAGACAUUAUGUAAGCGAUGUUCUCAAUGGUGCAAUAAUGUAAUUUUUCAGAAUCCACUUUCCAAUCAUCGGCACUAUUCCCAUGCACUACACAUUAUCUAUGUCGUCGACGUCAUUAUCAUCAUCAUCAACAUUAUCGUCGAGCCUCAAUCAAUUAAUUGAUAGGCUAUUCACUCCAUUUAUUCAGCAGUAUGCUGGCACAUUUUCUUUACAACCUAAUCUAAUGUAUUGCUAUUUGGCGCCAUCUAGUGGCGACAAUAGGCAUUCAUUUGGACACCAAAUUCUUGAGACCGAAGCUUUCAGUGUGUGUGUUUUUGGAGAUGCCACUUCCACCACGCGCAAAAGCACACACACACACACACACACACACACACACACACAAUCAAUUAAUUGACACAUAAUGUAAUUUUGGCACAAAUUAUAAUUUUUUUCUUUCGUUUUUUUAUUAUCAAAUUCAACUAAAGCAAACUGACAUGUAUUUUGCACAUAAGCUACUGAAGUUGAAUAACUGUCAUUCUGUAUACAGCCAAGUCGUAGGAUACUUAGCUUAAAUGUUUGAUUAGUUGUGGAAACAAUUCUCUUGAAGGAAGUCUAUACAGACUAUUAAGUAUCAAGUUUAGAUAAUACACAUUUAUUUUGAAUUAGACAUUUUUGUUGAAAUAUCAUCUUAAACAAGGUUUUUACAGUGAAAGGAAAAUAACAUUGAUUGGAAAAAGGAAAGACAUCCGGUUGUAAAGAAAGUGGCUUUGUUUAUUAAUUCAAAUGUGUUGAACGUUUUAGUCCUACAACAAAAUAACGAUAAUAGCAUCAUAAUAAUACAUAUUCAAUUAUAUUCAACUCAAUAAUAUAGGUCUACUGAUAUCAUCAUAAGAAUCAUAGUCAAAAUAAUAUCAGACUAGAUUCGAUAAUGACAAUGUUUACAAUGUUUAUAUCAAUGUAAAUAUAUUUAUUUGAUAAUAUUCAAACCUAUAGAUUAUUUAUUUUAGUGGUUAAUAAAACAUACUGCAUGUAAUGUGGUCUACUUAGGCCUACAAGUUCCCGAAACAUUAUAUAAUAAUAAUAAUAAUAAUAUGCCAUUUAGCAGACGCUUUUAUCCAAAGCGACUUACAGUCAUGCGUGCAUACAUGUUUGUCCCGGGUAUCGAACCCACUACCUUGGCGUUACAAGCGCCGUGCUCUACCAGCUGAGCUACAGAGGACCACAUAUAGUGAUGAAUGUUGAAACCAAUGUGUAAUAUCCUCUGUAUUGGCCUUGAUCAGUAGGAAUAUCCUUUUGCCUUUUGUGAGUUGAUUUGUCAGUGUAGACGACUUGGUCGUGGUUUACUUUUUAUCCGGUCAGUGUGGGAAUACCUAGAAAACACAACGAACACGUUAACUUAUACGUGAAGGAAUGAUGAAACAUAAACGAUGUCAAACAGCUUAAAAUAACAGCUGCAUGAAAGUAGAAAUUCAGCUGGAACAAUUGAAUAGGCCCACUUUAGAUUGUGCAACUAGCCUACUUCUAGUAAUCAAUACUUUACAUUUGUGGGUAAUUGAAAGACACAAAGAACAGCAACAUUAUUAUUCUCAAGUCAAUUUGAUAAAAGGGGAAAUUGUACAGUGAAUAUUUCUUGCAAACCAAAUAUCGAAUAAAGAUCAUAUAAGGGUCAAAUAGGUCCCCUGUAGCUCAGUUGGUAGAGCAUGGCGUUCUGUGAGAUAAUAUCAGUCAGUUAACAUGUCCUUUAUGAAUUAUGAAGCCUUUAUGUCAGGGAUAAUCAACUAGAUUCAGCCGCUGGCCAAUUUUUUUCUUGAGCGUGUAGCUCAGUUGGUAGAGCAUGGCGCUUGCAACGCCAGGGUUGUGGGUUCGUUUCCCACGGGGGGCCAGUAUGAAAAUGUAUGCACUCACUAACUGUAAGUCGCUCUGGAUAAGAGCGUCUGCUAAAUGACUAAAAUGUAAAUACUGUGUGUGUGUGUGAGAGAGAGGGGAGGGUGGUGCUGCGAGCAUUAUAUUAUUUAUUUAUAUCAUUUGUUUGCAACGAAAUUAAGAACGAAACGAAAUGCUUCCAUUUUGAAUGAAUCAUAGGGCGCAAGCUCAUUUGAUAUGUGGAAUGACUGCGCGAGAAGCCUGGGCGCUUCGUUUCGAGUCACUGGGGACCCCUGUGCGCAACAAGAGCCCCCCCCCCCCCCCCCCCCAUGAGAGCAAUAUUGCAACCGCAGACGCUCGCGAUUGGCCAGACGUUGAUCAGAUGGUACAGUUCCCUUCUGCCCUAUUGAGUGGCACCUCGCAAGCCCCCUUCAGCUAAAACCAAAUCUCCGAUAAAGUAAUGGCAAAACCACUUGGACUAUAAAACAUUACAAAUCAUAUACCUCGGAGCAUAUUUGUCCAUCCAAUGAGUUCCUAUUUUGUCAACUCAACUUUUCCUGUUUCUCUGCCCGGAGGACAGGAGUCUCUCCUUGCUCAGAUACCUUUAUAUUCCUCCGGAUAUACUGACCCUUUAAGACACUUUUCCAACGCUACAUAUGGAGCUGCCAAUAUGCAAGACAAGGUUUACCCAACCUCAUAUUACCAGCAAACCACUGGGGUCUACGGUCGCCCCAGCACCAGCGCUCCCUGCGACUAUACAGCUGCCACUUUUUACAGUGACCGCUCGUGCGCUUUCACAAGUCGCGAGGAGCAGCCGCUCUUUGUAACUCAGGACCAGCGCAAGUCAGAGUGCCUCGAGCAGAAUGUAAACAUAACCACUGCUGUGGACGACAAGUCUUCUUCUCUGCUUUAUCCGUGGAUGCAAAGGAUGAAUUCUUGCACCGCUGGUCAGUGAAACUUUUACUUUUGAUCUUUGUUAAAAACGUCUAACCUGUGUUUUCAUUGUUAGUUAAUUGAAAGGGGGUUUACAAUCAGCAUGUAACAGUGUUGCCUGGCAAAGUCCACAAUAUGCAUUGAUAUUGUAGCUUAUAAGUAACUAUUGCUUUGAAAUUGAGACGGGAAAAAUCUACUUUGAAAAGAGGAACAAUUUUACAAGAAGUUGUGUGAAUACAUGCAUGAUGAUUUGAUGACUUGGAUAUGUAUUGGAUUCAAUAGCCGAUAACGUGCUUGACAUGAAAAAUAUAUGAACAGAUAAACUGGUUUUGUAUAGGAAACGUGUUAAACUGUCAAAAUACAGUGGGCUAUCAUGUGGAUCAUUUGGAUCAUUUCUAUCUACUAGGCUAUGCUAUUUUGACGCUUUAACUAAUGGAGGCUUAAUUUAUUACAUCCAUAAUAAUGAUUGUAACAAUAGCCUGUACAAGUGAUGAUAGUGUAAAGGUAUCCAUCCUGUCCAAGCCUUUGUUUCAUACAUAAUGGCUGUCUUUAGUUUGCUAUUCUUUUUUUGCAGGGACCUUUGGCAGCAGUGGACGCAGGGGCCGUCAGACCUAUACUCGAUACCAGACUCUUGAGCUCGAGAAAGAAUUCCAUUUCAAUAGGUAUCUCACCAGGCGUCGUCGAAUCGAGAUUUCGCAUGCUCUAUGUCUCACUGAACGUCAGAUAAAGAUUUGGUUCCAGAAUCGCAGAAUGAAGUGGAAAAAGGAGAACAAAGUUAUGAAUCCUUCGAAGCCCAGCGAUGAAGAGGAGGAAAAGCAGACAGAUUAAAAGACAAUGAAUAAAGCUACACAAGCCAUCUUAUAACUGUUGUGCCAUGAAUUGAGAGAUGUUGAAUUAUUGUUGGUUGUUAUUUUUUCAUAAAAUACCUGCACAAGCCUACACAUUUUUGUGAAAAUAUGUAAAUAGGCCUACUAGAUUAAUAUAUUUGCACGAUGAAAUAACGUCUGUAGGUUAGAAACAGGUUAGAAACAACUGAAGCUGACUAGCCUAUUCUUAUUUUAUUGUGUUUUUAUACUACUUACCACAUCCACAAAGUCAAAAUGGUCUAUAUCGUAAAAAUUCAUGAAAACAGAAAUGUGGUCUUAAUUUAAGGUUAGGUUGUGUGGUUAAGGUUAGACGUGUGGUAAAUGUUUAAAAUCACAUUUUAGGAAGAUAAAUUGUAUAAGUAGGCGGGGUUUAUGACUUUGUGGUUGUGGUAACUAGUGACUACCGUGAAAGAGGCCUACACUCGCACAUAUUGGUUUCCUGGAGGGGCGUUGUAGAUGUGCAAAAACAAGCCUAGUCAAAAUUACUCGAUUAUUAAAUAGUUUUGCUUCAAAAAUACUUUUUAUGUCCCCAUUAUCGAUACAAGAGAGAUGCUUUGGCCUAAUAGCCUACCAUAGUGUGUGUUGUAUGUUGUUCGUUUUAGGCUUUUGCAUCGCAUUGACAAGUUAAUUAUUGUGUACUUGCCAUCUGGAUGUCGUGUGCAAUAUUAUGUAAGACAUGUUUUUGUUAUAUUUUGUAAAUGCAAAUAAAGCGUUGGUCAUUUCUGUAAAUAUUUCAUAGAAAGUUUGCUUGUUUUAUUGAUGUGAAGGCAAUAGUCUUAUAAUAAUAAUAAUAAUAAUAAUAAUAAUUAUUAUUAUUAUUAUUAUUAUUAUUAUUAUUAUUAUCAUCAUUAUGUCCUGUAAAGAUUGACCUAGUUGAGCAAGCCCAACAUUUAAAUAGGCUAGUCUCUCUUUAAUGAUAAAAAUGCCUAGUGUAUUAGGCCUACUAUAACAGAUUAUACUGGGAUACCUGUCUGAGAUACCUGUAAAAUAGUUUAGCCUAGUUUUGUGUCCUAGAACAGUCAAUGUUCUAAAAAAUGAACAAUGAAAACGAAGCCUUCAGUUACCCCCACUGCCAGUAGAUGACGCUGUCCGCCUAUAUGGAUCUCAGGGCGCAAUGGGGAGGCACCAUUGACUCGAGCAUAACGAGCAUCAUUUCGUCAUCGUUUGUAACCAUAGAGCAUGAAUUACCUCUUGAAGUCAUCAGUGAGAAUUUACGACUGGUCAACAAAGGCACGUGAUUCCCGAGCGCUGUCCCAUAUUUGGCCGCACACCUGGCAAAGUACAGUAGGCUUCAUUGCUAUAAUUCAUGAUUACAUCAUAAAUCGUGAAGCAGAGGAUUAUAGCGACAAAGAUCUACAAAUCGAGCCUUUAAAAACAAGCAAAUGAGCUCUUACUUUGUUAACUCGUUUUCAGGGCGCUAUCCGAAUGGCUCCGACUAUCAGUUACUAAAUUAUGGGACUAACGGCACUGUGAACGGUACGUUCAGGGACCCUGGCACCAUGCACUCUGGGUCUUUUGGCUGCAACUACAAUGGUAUGGACCUAACCGUAAAUCGCACCGACACUGGUAGCCACUUCGGGUCUGUUGGAGAGGAUACCCGUGGUUUUCCGUCCACUGGCCCGGACGCCCGGUACAGAUUGCCGACCUGCUCGCUUUCGUCUCCAGAUCCCCUUCCUUGCGCCAACCGCGGGUCUUUGGAACUAAAAAGCUCCUCUCCUCCAUCUGAUCGGAGCACGACCACGAGCGGCAACAAUAUUCUCAACAAAGGCAACAACAUUCAUUUCACAGAGAUAGAGGAUACCAGCGUUGUCUCUGAGUCCGAGGAAGGCGCGCACACAAGCAGCACCAGCAGCAUGGCUGCCCGGGCACAACAACCACAACAGGAGUCCAAUAACGCAACCUCCACGACAAUCUCAAACGAUUGCCAAACGCCACAAAUAUUCCCAUGGAUGCGGAAACUGCACAUUAACCAU